UCAAAUAAAAAAUAUGUCAAACUUUAUUAAAUUUUGGUGUUUACUCGUAUUUAUACCAAUUAGUUCUUUAAGUUUGAAUUUAACAAUACCGCCCAUAAAUUGUGAGGGCAAUAUUACUUGUGGAAAUGGGGAGCGGCACUAUAUGUGUAUGACGCCACAGACGCAGUGUAAGCCAUUUGAGCUACUCAAAAUGAACGAGGAUAAAAUUUAUAACUUUUUACUGGGACACAAUGGCUUACGUAAUCGCGUAGCCAAGCAAUAUCAAAUUGCGAAUAUGAAUAUAGUGCAUUGGAGCAUUAAAUUGCAGUGGAGAGCUGAAAUCUUUCUAAAAAGAUGUAAAGUGGAACCGGAUACCUGUCAAGAUAAUGGUCCCCUCGAAACACAAAUAAAUGAGAAUUAUCUCUUUCAUCAUGGCUUAAUCGGCGAAAGUUGGCCAGCGCAUCUUGUACGUCAAUGGUUUAAUGAGUUUGGAUAUCGUGAAGAAUGGCAGGAUUUUGCUGCACGAAGAAAAAUGGGCAUUGUGGGCAAUUUUUCGAAUUUAAUUUAUCCUUUGGUGAAAUUAAUUGGCUGUAAUGGAGCGCAUCUGCCCACUGGUUAUUUAUUCGUUUGUUUUUACUGGCCGCGCACACUUGAGACGUACGAGGAUGGUUUUCGAUAUGGUGAGCCUUGUGCGCAAUGCGAUCCCAAGGUACCGGCUUGUUCACGUGUCUUUCCUGGCUUAUGUGGCGUAGAUAUGGAAGUUUCUAACAGCGCAAGUAUAUUUCAAGAAGAUCUCUGCUGUCGGUGAAACUCAUAGUUCCAUAAUAGCUUCGCAAAGACUUGCUCUCGAAAGCACCUAAAGCCGAAAAGAUGAAAUUUGAAGGUUGUCAACAAGAGCUUUGAUUUUGUUCGCCGAGAGAGCACUUUACUUUUUCAAUAACAUUUUUUUCCAAAAGUUGUAACGGUUCGUAGGAUGAAUUCUGCAUUGGUUUUCAAGUCUCACGCUAUUACAAUAUUGCAGCUCCAAGAUUGAAAGAAAUUGAAUUGCACGUUUUAUUUUAUCUUAUCCUCACACACUACCAAACUCAGCGUGGAGAAAGCGGAAACAAUGGUUGUGUGCUGAUUGAAGACGAACGCACUAGAUAGAGAGUCUGAAACCUCCUUUGGCUAGGAUGGAUGCUUCCCGAUUCUGAUGGAGAUUUUAAUAUUGUUGCGAAAAUGCGAG